UUGGACAAAAGCUUAGAGAAUUAGCCGAUGAGUUGCCCAGGAUAAGAGAAGAUGCAAACUCUUAUUCAACCUUGUAAGUCUCUAAACUUUCUUAAUAAUUUCAGUUUUCUGCACAGCAACACAGUUCAAAACAAGCCUAAGACUCUGAAAGUUCGCUCCUUUUCCAUACUGUGGUCAUCUAAAACCCUUGUGUUUAAAACUACUUUUGGGUUUUUGAGAAGUACCCAUAUUGGAUUUUGCUCUCAAAACGAUGGCUUUGAUGGGUUUUCGAGUACCCAAUUGCCUGAAAGGAGUGAAAUUAAUGGAAAAUUAGAGAAUGAUGAGCUUGAACUUUUGAAUAAGCCUAGUCAUGUAGCUCUAGAUGAUAAUGGGGUUGUUUCUGAAGUUGAGAAAAAAGUUGAAAAACCUGAUGAAGAAGAGGCUAUAAAGCCUUUUCUGAAGUUCCUUAAGCCUAGAGAGUCAGUGGAGGAUGCUGAAGAGAAGGGAGUUAAUAAUGAGAGUGUUAAUGUGGAUGAUAAUGUAGAGAGAGAUAAGAAGGUCAGUGUGGAGUAUUAUGAGCCGAAACCGGGUGAUUUUGUUGUUGGUGUUGUGGUUUCUGGCAAUGAGAAUAAGCUUGAUGUGAAUGUUGGGGCAGACUUGUUAGGUACAAUGUUGACGAAGGAAGUGUUGCCUUUGUAUGACAAAGAGAUGGAUUUCUUGUUAUGUGACUUAGAGAAGGAUGCCGAGGAGUUUAUGGUUCGAGGGAAGAUGGGAAUUGUUAAGAGUGAUGAUGCUACAAGUGGGGACGCAGGGCUGGGAAGACCUGUUGUGGAGAAUGGAACUGUUCUGUUUGCUGAGGUUCUUGGGAGGACCCUCAGUGGUCGGCCGUUGCUUUCAACUAGACGGUUAUUCCGAAAGCUGGCUUGGCAUCGAGUGAGGCAGAUAAAACAGCUAAAUGAACCUAUCGAGGUUAAAAUUACGGAGUGGAAUACUGGUGGUCUUCUCACAAGAAUUGAGGGUUUACGAGCGUUCCUUCCAAAAGCUGAGUUGCUGAACAGAGUAAACAGCUUCACUGAGUUGAAAGAAAAUGUGGGGCGCCGAAUUAAUGUGCAAAUUACUCGAAUAAAUGAAGCCACUAAUGACUUAAUACUGAGUGAGAGGGAAGCUUGGGCAAUUUUACAUCUUAAGGAGGGAACACUUUUAGAUGGAACUGUUAAGAAAAUCUUUCCAUAUGGAGCUCAAAUAAGGAUAGGUGACACAAACCGAAGCGGGUUGCUUCAUGUUUCAAAUAUUAGCUCCACCCGAGUUACUUCUGUUAGUGACUUACUUAAGGAGGAUGAGAAGGUCAAAGUUCUUGUUGUGAAGUCAAUGUUCCCUGACAAAAUAGCUCUCAGUAUCGCUGACCUCGAAAGUGAGCCUGGCCUAUUUAUAUCAAACAAAGAGAGAGUAUUUUCUGAAGCGAGAGAGAUGGCAAAGUACCGGCAGAAACUACCCGCUGUUUCAGCAAGUCCCAAUUCAGAACCCUCAACCGACACUCUACCUUUCGACAACGAGGCAAGCUUGUGUGCAAAUUGGAAGUGGUUCAAAUUUGAGAAGGAAAAAUAA